AUUUAUUUUAGCUUUAAAUUUUAAAGAAGUGUAACAAGAAGAAUGAAUGCUUCUCUCCUAAAUGCUCGUCAGGGUCAGUUAACAUUCAAGGAUGUGGCUGUGGACUUCUCACAGGAGGAAUGGGAAAGUCUUGACCAUGCUCAGAGGGCAUUGUACAUGGAUGUGAUGUUAGAGAAUUACAACAAUCUGUUUUUUGUGGAGAAUCAUGGCAUGUGUGAUAAAUAUCAGAAAAUUUUGGAUCAAGACCUACAGCAUAUUGUCCAUGAACGUGUAAAUAUCCAAGUGAAUUCUUAUAAAUGUCAAGAGAUUGGCAAAAUCAUUCAUGAAUCCACGCAAAGUACACCUUAUAAAAUUAACCUCAGGGAUACAUCUUUUGAAUCAUCAAAUAUAAGCAGACAUGAAACUGGAAACAAUCGAGAACCUUGCAAAUAUAAAAACCAGGAAUAUUGUUUAAAUUUGUGCUCUACCAUUAGUCUAAAUCAAGGAAUCAACAUAGGAAAGAAAGAAAACAAUGGUGCAGACCUUGAUAAGGUUUUUGACUCUAAACAAACAAGCAUGUUGGAACAAACCAAAAGUGGAAAGAAACCUUACAAAUGUAGUGAAUGUGCCAAAUGUUUUGCCAAGAAAUGCUGGUUUAGAAAACAUCAGACAG